UAAUAUUUUAGUACGAAUAAUGAUAAAAAUAGCCCUUAUUCCAACACCCUUUUUUUGUGCGUUUCCUGCGAGAAGCUCCCACAAUUACCAUCGCUUUUACAACUUCCACACUAUCGACACAGCUUAUCAACACUGGCUGAUUAUUUAGCACUUAACUUACCACUUCGUUAGCUACGAUCUUUUCGUAUCAGCUUAUCUAUAAUUUCUCAUGAAAAAAUAUUAAUAAAGCAUUAAUCUAUAAAGGCAGACCAGUAGACCAGUAGCUGUUGGGACAGAUGUACAGUGCAUUGACAAGUCGUGGAACAAGCACAAUAUUUUCGGUCUUUUGCGGCUAAUCCAAUUGAUUUAUGUUUGUUUAUGUGUUUUUUUUUUUUAUUUUAAAUAUAUAAAAUUUAACAAAUAGGGGUACUAAUUCGCUGGACUUGAUUUCGGGCCAUGGCCAUCAAAAAGCUGAAUCUCCACCACGACAGUGUUGAGCAUAAGGAAAAGAAAUUAGAUUGGUAUUGGGCUCCCAUCUACUGCGCUAUCUGGUUCUUGCUUUUCUAUGCUGUCGCCAUACCCAGCUUCUACAACUAUCCAAAAACAUUGCUCAUGCGCAAUGAACACCAACAUCCCGACGAAUUUAUCGGCGAACGAGCCGAAUUACAACUACUCACAUUGAGCCGAUUCGGCGUAAAACUUUCUGGUACCAUUGAAAAUGAAGUAUUGGCAGUGAAUUUUUUACUCGGCGAAAUUGAUAAAAUCAAAGCACAAGCACGUCUUGAUCUCUACGAUAUCGCAGUUGAGUUGCAAUACGCAUCGGGUCAAUUCCAGCUGUGGGGCAUGGCCACCAGUUAUCACAACGUCUCCAAUGUGGUGGUGAAAUUGGCGCCACGAAAUGUAACAACCGCCUCGUAUCUAUUAGUGAAUGCCCACUUCGAUUCAGAGGCACACUCGCCGGCAGCUGGAGAUGAUGGUGUAAUGAUUGUGAUUAUGUUGGAGACUCUACGAGUGAUUUCAAAGGCAGAGCAGCCGCUCAUGCACCCCAUAGUAUUUCUCUUCAAUGGCGCUGAAGAAAGUAAUCUACUGGCAUCGCAUGCAUUCAUAACACGGCACAAAUGGGCGCAGUAUUGCAAAGCGCUUAUCAAUCUAGACUCAGCCGGUUCGGGUGGCCGCGAAAUACUCUUCCAAUCGGGACCCAAUCACCCAUGGCUCAUGAAAUACUACAAACAAAGCGUGCCACGCCCAUUUGCUACCACCAUCGCUGAGGAGUUAUUUCAAAACAAUUUCGUACCCUCCGACACAGAUUUCCGAAUUUUCCGUGAGUAUGGCCGGGUGCCUGGCCUAGAUAUGGCACACGCGCUGAAUGGCUAUGUCUAUCACACCAAGUACGACAGCUAUGCCAAUCUCGAACGACGCACUUGUCAGACAACCGGUGAGAAUGUGUUGGCGCUGACAUGGGCGCUGGCCAAUGCGCCAGAAUUGGAGAAUCCUGAAAAUUAUGCGGAGGGUCACACUGUAUUCUACGAUUAUCUCGGCUGGUUCGUGAUCUUCUACACUGAACAAACUGGUGUCAUAAUUAAUAUUACCACCUCUGUUUGUGCUGUCUUCAUUAUUUGCAUAUCCGUUUAUCUGAUGUCACGCGAUGACGGAGCGGAUACAAUAAAACAGGUCUUCAUUCGUUUCUCAACCAUUGUUGGUGUGCAAAUUGUGACUACACUGGUGGCAGGGGGUCUCACCUUUCUCAUUGCGGUGGCAAUUGACGGUAUAGGUGCAUCUGAGUGUUGGUACUCAGAAACGUGGCUGAUUUUCGGCCUCUACUUUUGUCCCAUGUUCUUCGCCAUGACUUUGCUGCCGGCGGUGUACAUGCAUUGCACCAAGGAGAGGCUGCCUGUGUUACACAAAUUUCGCAAAUCAAAAACUUUCAUCAGCCUAUUUGGAGUUACUUGCUUAGUCUUCAUUAUGAUCGCUUGUCUACCCGUUGGCUUCCCCUAUAAGAAGGAUGUAGCUGCUCAAAGAGUUUAUGUGUUGCACACCACUCGCACCUUCUACAAUGAGUAUGGCUUUGUCUACAGAAACGAAUCCGGUUACUAUGUACAACCAGUCGAUAGACGCAUUAAUACAUUGGAGAAUAUAAUUUUUCAAAAUGCUGAACCGAAAUCUGCGAUUGAGGCAGAUUGCGCUGCGGAAAUAUUUUGCGGACUGCCACUCUACAAUUCGCGUUGGCUGAAUUGGAAAAACUCCUCGCGCUGGAUAUUGGCGUCAAGCCCCAGCUUGCCUAUACCAACUCAACUCAAACUAACCUCAAAAGUGUAUAUAACCAAUAGAAGAGUGCGUUAUGGAUUUAGCUUAAAAUCGGCAGAUCGUGUCGUUAUUUAUAUAGACCCUUAUCCGGAUGCGAAAGUGGUUGAUUGGACCUUUGACAAGACGCCAUUGAAGAACAAUUACUCGACGCCCUAUUUUAUAUAUCACAUGUACUCCAUGACUGAAAGCCCAUUGCAAUUUUGGAUUGAGGUGGAUCGCCACGCCGCAGCCAAUGAGAGUGCUGCACUACGUCUUGGUAUAGGCGCCCACUUCCAAUAUCACGAAUCGUACUACACAGAUGAAUUCAAAGCAUUCUUGAAACGAUUUCCCGAAUGGUCAUAUCCAAUACACUGGUCGGCUUCAUUUGAAAGCCGCAUUUUUUAGUAGUUUUUUUUUUUUUAAUAAAUCAUUUUCUAAAUAAAACAAUUAUGCUUUUUUCCUCAAACAAGCUGUGAUAACGUCUCAAUCGUUGAGAAUGUGUAUCAUUUUAAUUUCGAUUUUAAAAUUAAAACAUCAAUCAAUAUAAAAGCUAAUAAGUAGUACAUAUAUCCAAUAAUAAAUAUUUUUUUUUUUAUAAAUAUAAAAAAAAAAUACAACAAAUAAUCUUACAAAUAUUUUUAAUUUACAUAAAUAAAUAGCAUGGCAUUGUCCUUUUGCUCUGAUUAAAAUUGAUUCAGCAGAAAGUUUCAAGCACUUUGUUCGUUGGUUUACAUUUCCCUAAAAUUUACAGAAUAUUCAAAAAUUCUUAAUAAUAAUUGUAUUAAAGCUAUGG